AUGUCUUGCCUCAUCAAAAAGAUAUACUCCCAGAUGUUCGUUCCCAUGACAACAACAAGACAUGGACGGGCCCACCUGCAGUCCAUCAGAGACUCCGUCAGUGACCAGGUUUCUGCUGUUCUACAGUUGUACGAGCAGAACUCGGACUCUGUGGACCUGACGGUCCUGACGGAGCGGUCCGCCUCCGUCCCGUCCAUCGCCGACAUGCUGGAGUGUCUCCAGGACGCUGAGCGGUUCUUCAGACGGCAGUUCCUGCAGAGGAGGAUUCUGCUGCAGAGCCUGAGUCUGGACCACAUCUCGCUGCUGGAGUCUGCUCCCAGGAAGUGGAGGUCUCUGGACUGUCCCGGGUCAGACCAACAGAUCUCAGAUUCCCUCUGCACACUGUCCUUCUUCAUGGAGCAACAGUAACCAUGGUAACA